UGUUUAAGAACACUCUAAUGAUGAGUUUAGUUUCAAGUGCGAAUAAGCGGAUAGAGUUAUGUAUUCUCGUUUAACACUCCAAUCGAUUGAUUUUUUUUGUCUUGAAAAGAUUUGGAAGUAUUUUUUCCAUAUUCUUUAGUUUAUCCAGAACAAUUUCAGUAUAUGAAGUAUUUAAAAAAUACCUUGGACGCUAAAGGGCAUUGUGUCCUUGAGAUGCCUACAGGAACAGGGAAGACCGUUGCACUUUUGUCACUCAUUACAUCUUAUCAGUUAGCCAAUCCCGAAAUAGGGAAGCUAACUUAUUGUACUCGAACAGUUCCCGAAAUGGAAAAAACACUAAAUGAGCUUAAAGUGAUUAUGCGAUAUCAGCAUGAGGAGUUAAGAAAAGGUCAAUUGGAAAAAAUAAAUAAUGAAUUGAAUAACCAAGAAGGUUUACAACAGGAUGUUUAUAAGGAAAAAAUAGCGAGACAUCAAAAAUUCCUGGGUAUGGGUAUGGCGUCUAGAAGAAACUUGUGUAUUCACCCUGAUAUCAUUAAGGAAGCUUUUAGAGAUAAAGUAGAUGAAAGAUGUCAAGCGCUUACGGCUUCAUGGGUGCGCGCUAAACGUUCAGCAGUAGAAAAAAUGGCAUCAUUUGCGUUGAAUUCAUCCACGGAUAAACUUACGGACACAAAUUCAGUAAACAAACGUGUUGUUCAUUCAGAUGCAAAAAUGUUGUUAUAUGCUGAAGGAGAAAAUAAUUUGAAUUCUUUUGAUAUAGAGGAUGGAGGGUGUAAUGCAUCUUGUAGAAAAAAGGAAAUUCGUGCAAAUGAAAUGGGAACAACUACCGCAGCUUCAUCAGCAAAACAUAGCUGCCCUUACUAUGAAAAUUUCGAUGCUAUAUGGUCUCCCGAUCUACUUGAGCCUGGUUCAUAUACUAUAGAGGAGUUUAAAAAAUUAGGUGAAUCAUGGCGUCAUCCUCAAAGUAAUAAAUUUACACCUGUAUGCCCCUAUUUCUCCAGCCGCCGAGCUAUUCAAAAGGCCAACGUCGUUGUGCUUAGUUAUCAGUACAUUUUAGAUCCAAGGGUAUCACAAGUUGCUUUACUAGGUAGUACCGGAGUUUCACAACAAGACAUCGGCAGUACACUCGAUCCUUUACCAAAAAAAUCAAAUAUUGUUGUUUUUGACGAGGCUCAUAAUAUUGAUAACGUUUGCAUUGACGCCUUUAGUGUUAAUUUAAAUUUAAUGAUUCUUGAAAGAUCACGUCAGAAUAUCGAAUAUUUGAAAAAAGAAAUUGACAGGAUGAAAUCAAUAAACGCCUCUCGUCUUAUGGAGGAAUACGACAAACUUGUCCAAAACUUACAGCAAAAAGGUCAUUUGGAAGACAUUGAUUUGGAAGGGUUGGGUCCUUUAGUUUUACCUUCUGAAACAAUUAACGAGGCGAUUCCUGGAACAAUUCGCCGUGCAGAGUUUUUUGUAAUGAUUUUAGAAAAAUUGUUAUACUUUUUGAGUGUGUAUAUAAGAGUUUUCACAGUUAAAACGGAAGGGGUUUUGACAUUUUUAAAAAAUUUGAAAGACGAAACUACAAUAGAUCCUAAAAUUUUAAAAUUUUGUUCAGAACGCUUAAGGUCACUACUCAACACUCUCGAGGUGUUAACGUUUGACGAAUUUUCGCCUCUUUCUUUAGUGUGCGAUUUCUUUACAUUGAUUGGCACGUAUUGGGAGGGAUUUAUUCUCAUCACAGAUCCAUAUCCUGAGGCGGAGGGCAUUUAUGACCCGGUGGUUCAGCUCGGUUGCUUAGAUUCUUCACUUGCAAUGAAAAGAAUAUUUAAACAUUUUCAAUCCAUUAUUUUAACAUCGGGAACCAUUUCUCCCUUGUUUCUUUAUCCUAAAUUGCUUGGUUUCAAUCCUGUAAUAGUAAAAUCAUUACCAAUGUCUCUUGAUAGAAAUUGUAUAUGCCCUCUCAUUGUUGUCAAAGGAGCGGAUCAGGUACCAAUGUCAUCCAAAUUUAUUCUUCGUUCGGACGAUGCUGUAUUACGGAAUUAUGGAACCUUACUUAAAGAACUGUCUAAAAGUGUCCCGGAUGGUAUUGUCUGUUUUUUCCCCUCAUACACAUUCAUGGAGCAUAUAGUAGCAGCAUGGUACCGAAUGAGUUUGCUGUCAGAGGUUAUGCAGUACAAAUUGAUUUUAAUGGAAACAAGAGAUGUUGUCGCAACAACUUUGGCUUUGCAAUCUUAUCGUAAAGCUUGUGACUCUGGUCGCGGAGCAGUUUUUUUUUGUGUAGCCAGAGGCAAAGUAGCAGAGGGUAUUGAUUUUGAUCGACAUUAUGGACGAGCUGUAGUUCUUUUUGGUAUUCCAUAUCAGUACACCCUCUCACGCUUGUUAAAAGCACGAUUGGACUAUUUACGGGAAAAUUAUCAAAUUUCAGAAAGUGAAUUUUUAGACUUUGAUGCUAUGCGUCAAGCAGCCCAGUGCGUUGGCCGUAUUAUUCGAUCAAAAAGCGAUUAUGGUUUAAUGGUAUUUGCUGAUUCGCGUUACGCUCGAUUAGAUAAACGUGAAAAAUUGCCUGAAUGGAUUUUACGGCAUCUUGAUACCUCAUACUUAGCGCUUUCAACAGAUACUGCGUUGUCUGUUGCUCGUCGUUUUCUGCUUGAAAUGUCACAACCUUUUCAAAUGACGUCGAAAUCUCGUUUCGAUCCUUCCAGCAAACAAAUACGUAGCAAUGUUUUAAAUUCAUACAACGAGGUGUCAGGACAAUUUAAUACGAAACCGUUAUAAAAAA